CCGACGGUUGACGUUACGCAGUAUCGAAGUGGUUCUACAUGCGACAGUGUUCUAUUAUUAUUAUUUUUUUUUUAUUCCAGAUUAAACAGUGUGGACGGUUCAUAUCUGCGAAGCAUUAUAAGUGUCUUUGCUCUUAUGGGAACUGAAAUAAGCGUGUAAAGGAAGUGCGAAUGGAAUAAACUUUAGUGAAGAGACUCAAAUUCGUUUGUUUGCGGUGAAGUAGCCUCACAGCUAACAGGAGUGCACAAUGGCUACUGGUGCAGAUGUGAGAGACAUAUUGGAAUUGGGCGGAGGAGACAAUGAUGCAGGUCCCAUCAGUAAAAAGGACUUAAUUAACUCUGACAAGAAAAAGUCCAAGAAAUCAACAGAGACCCUGACCUUCAAAAGACCUGAGGGGAUGCACAGAGAAGUCUAUGCUCUGCUUUAUUCAGAUAAAAAAGAUGCACCCCCACUACUGCCCAGUGACACAACCCAGGGCUACAGGACUGUAAAAGCCAAACUUGGCUGCAAGAGAGUUCGGCCUUGGAAGUGGAUGCCUUUCACCAACCCAGCACGCAAAGAUGGUGCCAUUUUUCACCACUGGCGGCGCAUGGCAGAGGAGGGAAAGGACUACCCUUUUGCUCGCUUCAAUAAGACUGUCCAAGUGCCAGUGUACUCAGAGCAGGAGUAUCUCAUGUACCUACAUGAUGAUGGGUGGACCAAAGCUGAGACUGAUCAUCUCUUCGACCUGUGCAAGAGCUUUGACCUGCGUUUCAUUGUCAUCCACGACCGCUAUGACCACCAGCAGUUUAGGAAACGAUCAGUUGAAGACCUGAAGGAGCGGUACUACAACAUCUGUGCCAAACUUUCGAAGAUCCGUGCCGUCAGUGGAUGUGAGCCCAAGAUAUACAUCUUUGAUGCAGGCCAUGAACGACGCAGAAAGGAGCAGUUGGAAAGGCUGUUCAAUCGCACACCUGAACAAGUGGCAGAAGAAGAGUAUCUAAUCCAAGAACUGCGCAAGAUUGAGAACCGGAAAAAGGAAAGAGAGAAGAAGGCGCAGGACCUACAGAAGCUGAUAACGGCUGCUGACACGACGACAGAGAUGCGACGCGCGGAGCGUAAAGCUACUAAAAAGAAGCUACCCCAGAAGAGGGAGACGGAGAAACCGACUGUCCCUGAGACGGCUGGCAUCAAGUUCCCUGACUUCAAAUCAGCUGGGGUCACACUGCGCAGUCAAAGGAUGAAGCUGCCAAGCUCAGUGGGGCAGAAAAAGAUUAAAGCUAUUGAGCAGAUGCUGAUGGAGCUGGGUGUGGAUCUGAGCCCCAUGCCAACGGAGGAGAUUGUGCAGCGGUUCAACGAGCUGCGCAGCGACCUUGUGCUUGUGUACGAGUUGAAGCAGGCUCACAGUAACUGCGAGUAUGAGCAACAGAUGCUGCGGCACCGUUACGAGGCACUACUGAAAGCAGGUGGAGAUGGGACCCACCUGGAUGAGGGCUUUGGCACUGAAGGACAAGACAUCAUCAAAGCUGAGGACGUGAAGGGGGAAGCCAAGGAGCAGGUCAUAGAUGUAGUGGGAGCUCCACUCACUCCUAACUCUAGGAAGCGAAGGGAGUCGGUUUCCAGUUCCUCUUCGCUCAAAAAGGCCAAGAAGCUCUGAUGUGGACUGUGAUAUACUCCUCGGGAUGGGUUUGGGUGUGAACGGAGCGAGCACAUUAGCUGCCUCUUCUGUGCAGCUAAGGAUACUGUGCCACAGUCAUGCCCCUCCACUGCCAUGUUGAUCCAUAUCUAGAAUCCCCCUUGACAUGUGUUCCAGUCCCUGGUAUCUGUCAUCCACCCUCUGCUGCCAGAUGCCUUCACUAGAGUACAAACACCUUAUCCUCAUUUCUCCACCUUUCCCUUGCAUUGUUCAAACAGAUUCCUGUCAGCACUUCUCAUGGGUUUCACAGUACUGAAGGCACACGUGCUGAGUGUGUUCAGCUGUACAUUUGCAGCAAGUUUAUGAGUGCCUUGUUUACCCUCCCCUUGUGAAACAGUAACUUGACAAUAUUACACUCUUCCAUUCUGUCCAGGGCAUGCAGAAUACCUCCUCAUCAAGAUAGUUUUCCACAAAGCAAUCUAGACAGCAGCAGGCUCCAUCCUGCUAUUCCAGGUCUCCAUGGAUCCCUGCCAGGUCAUUCUGACCCGCCUG